AUGUAUUCCAUAUUGAUAGCAGCUCUACUCCUGUUACACGUACAUGCUAAUUUGGUUUUGAGACCGAGUUCAACGUCAUUAACAAGAGAUCAAUUCAAAUCAUUUGUCGCAUCAUGCACGGGUGAAUCAAACACUCGAGUUGUUGGAUGGCGAUCACCGCAACAACUUGAUGUACCUGAAAAUGAACAUGACCGUGUUACAGUUGAACGUCAAUCAAAUGAAAUACGAUUGAGAAUUCGAAAUUUAACUGCAGAUGAUCAAGGAAAUUGGGAAUGUAUUGGUGUCGAUGCUUCUAACCAACAAACUAGAAGAUCAUUUCAAUUGAAAAUAAAAAUCCCAAUUACGUUCUAUGGUGAUGCGAUUCAAUAUGCUGCACUUGGAGAAACAGUGACUAUUAGAUGUCAAGUUCAAGCUAAUCCAGCAGCUGAAAUUUCUUGGUUUAAAGGACCAGAAAAAGUCCGCAUAGAUGGAAUACAUCAUGUACGUGUUAAAGAAGGUUUACGUAUAAAUCGAGUGGAAAUGUCGGAUAAUGAAACGUUUUGUUGUCGUGCUGAUGUUCUUGAAACAGGCGAAACAAGAGAUUUUCCAAUAACAGUCAUCAUUUCAAAAUCUGUUACACAACCACGUAUAUCUUGUGCUAAUCCAUGUGCUAUUGAAAAGAAAACAGCAACACUUGUCUGUGAAGCAACAGGUUUACCACCACCGAAAUAUUCUUGGUAUUAUGGUUCGGCAGCCGAGUUAAGACCUGUAAAAGAUUCACCCGUUGGCGCAAGUGAAGUACCAAAAUUUGUCGUACGCGGUAAUCAAUUAACAAUAAAUUAUGUCGAUGAAACUGAUAAUGGAAAAUAUUCAUGCCAAGCUUAUAAUGAAUAUGAUAACAGAGGUCAACGUGCUGAAUACAAUUUAAAUGUUAUUGUUCCGCCACGUCUAUCAACAAUAGAACCUACUGAAAUAGAUCUUGAUGAACAUCAUCCACAACGUGUUUCGUUCAUGUGUCGAGUUGAACGUGGUUCGGCGGAAAGUCUUUCGUUAGAAUGGCAAUUUUUAAAUAGCACAGCAAUUCAAUCAGCAAAUGGAGUUCACAUCGAUAGAACACGUUUAGAAAGCGAUAAAGUGAUUGAAUUACUUUUUGAUCCUGUACAACGAGAACAUUUUGGAAACUAUUCAUGUUUAGCAAAGAAUCUUGCUGAUAGUUCUUAUUCAAUUGCCAGCCUUUAUAUUCGAUUUCAACCUGUUUUUGUUGGACCCAAUAUUCAAGUCGUUUCAACAAUACCAAAUUAUCGAGUAGUUAUGCGUUGUCAAUUCGAAUCUUAUCCACCACCACAAAUACGAUGGAUUAAAAUGAGUCGAACUGUACAAGAUCCUGAAGGACGAUUACUUGAUGUUGAUAUUGAUAAUGGUGUCAAUGAUAUAACAACUAAACAACUUGGAUCAACACUAUUCGAAAGUAUUCUUUCCUAUACACCAUCGGAACGUGAUUUUGGCUUAAGUUUUGAGUGUCGUGCAAUUAAUCCACGUAUUGGUCGACAUUCAUUUACACUUCAACGUGCUGAACCACCACAAAAAGUUCGCAUUGUCGAAAUUAAACCUUUAACAAAUGGCGUUGAUAUUAUCAUUCAACCACCUGAAAGUGGUGGCUUACCAUUGAUUGAAUAUACUGUUAAAUAUAGUGCUACUGAUAAAGCAGAUGAUCAACAAGAAACAUUAACUAUUCCAGCUCAAUCACCACCUGACGAUCAACAACAAACACAAGUAUUAAAAAUAGAAAAAAUUAAACCAAGUACUAGUUAUCGUUUUACACUUGUUGCUAAAUCUCGAGCUGGGGCUGGCCAACAAACAGGACCCGUACCAUUUCGAACACUGGAUAGGCAAGUACCAGAUUUUAGAAUCGUUAAAAAUGAUGAAAAUAAAAAUGAAACAUGCUCCAAUGAUCGAACUUGUCUAAUUAAAUGGAUUAUUGAAUCUGAUGGUGGUGCACCUAUUGUUCGUUCGGAAGUUUUAUAUGCUAAAGCUAAAGCUGAUAGUAGUUUCGAAGCUGAAGGAGCAUUCAGUAUACCAAUAUCAAUCGAUGCAUCAGCAUCGGAAUAUGAAAUCGCGCAAUUGAAACCAUCAACUAAUUAUAUUGUCAUUGUUAAAUUAUAUAAUGACGCAGGUGCUGCCGAACAAAAACUUCGAAUAACAACAUUAAGUGAAAGAGAUAGUAAAUCUUCAGGAAUGAGUCCUUUGAUAACAAAUUACCGAAGAAAUCAACCAAGCAAAUGGGUUAUUCUUGGCAUCAUAUUUGGUAUUAUCCUUUUUGCCGUUGUAUUCGUUGCUGCUUGCGUUUUAUUACGUGUUCAUCGAUUAAGUGGAAAACACAAAACAACUGAUUCUACUACAAAGAAAAAAGCUAAACAAGAUAAUCAAACGACACCAAUGAUGAAAGCAAGUACUGGUGAAAAUUCAGAUCAGCCUGAUUAUAAAAAUGGUCAUUCGUCGAAAAAGUCAAAAAAGAAAUCAAAAGCUAAUAAAAUUGAGUUGCUAGACGACGAAGUAUGUGUACAAAGAUAA